AUGGAGAACCAGAACGCGUAUGAAGGCAUCGAGGGGAAUGACCAACACUAUUUCCUGGGAAGUGAGGCCGUCGCCGCUCAAUCUCAACAGUCUGCUAGUGACAACCAAGCAAACCAACAACUUAACAACAACUUACCCAAUAACAACAACGUCAUUGGAGUACAGCCCGGCGGCACACACAACCUGGCCGCCGUCGUCCAGCCACAGGAGGAUGAUGACGAUCACCCGGAAAAUCCGCAUCUAAGCGAUGAAAUCCGGGCUGCCCUCAUCGAGAUAGCCAACACCAACCCUCCAGUUGACAUUCGGACCGUUGAACCGGGGCUCUUGCGGGCUAUUAUCGCCGAUGUCUCCAGGAUGCUCCACGCACGCAAUGGCCGAUGUCGCCAUGUGGACGGGGUCACAGGCGAGCGGUGUCAAGCGCGAAGGUGGAAGGCGGGUGCGCGAAAAUGCAUGAGCCACCUCAAGAGGCAUCCUUCGGUGGAGACGCAGAUCAGGAUCCUGAUGAGGCAAAUGCAAGGCCACGGGACCUGCUCUGGCGAUUACGCCUGGAAGGAGAGGGAAGAUGGGAGGCUCUGCGACGGAUGUAGAAGGAAGGAUGCCCUCCACCGGGAAAGAUCAGGGAUGUAA